UGAGGUCAAAGCUGGCACUUGCUUUACAUUUAUAACCCCCCCUUCUCUCUCUCACUCACACAUCUUCAAUCUCUCUCUCUCUCUCCCCCUCUCCAUAGUCUCAUCUUCUCUGCAGAUAUGACGAAUUUACGCAGUGAAGAUUCUUAAUGAUUCAUCACUACGUAUCAACAACAAACAUGGUUUCAUCUCCCUCUCAUUGCUGUAUUGAAAAGAAGCACUGGUGGCUUACUAAUAAAAAGAUUGUUGAUAUGUAUGUGAAAGAUGCAAGAUCAUUGAUUGCUUCUCAAGAACAGAGCAACAUUGCGUCUGCUCUAAACUUGCUUGAUGCUGCUCUUGCUUUAUCACCGCGGUUUGAAAUGGCUUUGGAGCUGAAAGCGACGGCUCUCCUUCAUCUGAGAAGGUUCAAGGAAGUUGCAGAUAUGCUUCAGGACUACAUACCCAGCCUUAGUCUGAAAAUGGCCUCCGACGAUUCAUCCGUUUCGUCUUCAUCAUCUGACAACAACUCGCAACCGCUCUCCAGAGAACGAGUCAAGCUUUUGUCUGUGCCUACUCGCUCCGAGCAAUCCUUCAAGUGCUUCUCUGUCUCCGACUUGAAGAAGAGGGUCAUGGCUGGCAUCGGCAAAAAUCGCGAUAAAGAAGGUCAAUGGAGGUACUUGGUUCUAGGUCAAGCAUGUUGCCACCUAGGAUUAAUGGAGGAUGCGAUGGCACUUCUCCAGACCGGAAAACGCCUUGCCUCCGCCGCAUUCCGCCGUGAAAGUGUCUGUUGGUCAGAUGACAGUUUCACCUCGUCCGCCGUGACAUUCACCUUCGGCAACCAGCCACAGACGCCUCCAAGGGCAGAAUCGGAGAGUAUCUGCAACCUAGUAAGUCACAUCAAGCUCCUCCUGCGGCGGAAGACCGCAGCAAUUGCCGCUGCGGAGGCCGGUCUUCACAGCGAAGCCAUCAGGCACUUCUCGAAAAUCGUUGAUGGUCGACGCGGAGCCCCUCAGGGCUUCCUGGCGGAAUGUUUCAUGCACCGUGCCUCCGCUUACAGGUCAUCGGGUCGAAUAGCUGAGGCCAUAGCGGAUUGUAAUCGGACGUUAGCGUUAGAUCCUAGUUGUAUCGAAGCCCUAAGCACAAGGGCUUCCCUUUUUGAAACCAUCCGUUGUCUCCCUGAUUCGCUUCACGACCUUGAACACCUGAAACUGCUUUACAAUUCAAUACUUCGUGAUCGGAAAUUACCGGGGCCGGCAUGGAAGCGUCAAAAUGUUGGAUAUGGAGAAAUUCCCGGGAAGCUGUGUUCGAUCGCAGUAAAAAUCCAAGAACAGAAACAAAGGGUCGGUUCAGGAGAAUUAGGGAACGUGGAUUACUAUGCUUUGAUGGGAUUGAGACGCGGUUGUUCCAGAUCCGAAUUGGAGAGAGCACAUUUGUUGCUUACCCUACGACACAAACCAGAUAAAUCCACUAGUUUCAUCGAUAGGUGCCAGCUGGCAGACGAACGCGACAUUGAUUCCAUAAAAGAUCGGGCAAAAAUGUCUGCUUUAUUGUUGUUCAGAUUGAUUCAAAGAGGGUAUACAAAUCUGAUGAGACUAGUUUUGGAUGAAGAAGCCUCCGAGAAGCAAAGGAAGAAGAGCUGUGCAGCAAAUGAUGUUCAACUUCAUCAGCAGCAUUCAAUAUCAUCGUCUAAACCAAAAUCUGUUAAUGUUAAAAUGGUGAAGCGGAAUCAUCAUCAUCAAGUUGAAAACAAAAAUAAUGCGUUUCAAGGCGUGUUCUGUAGAGACCUUGCCGUGGUUGGCAAUCUGUUGUCUCAAGCAGGGUUUAACCGUCCUAUUCCCGUCAAAUAUGAGGCUUUAAGCUGUUAGAUUUUAAAUAAAUCAAAAAUGAAUUUUGAUGAUCAUAACAAUUUACAAACAAGAAUGACAGAGGAUGAAUGGUCGUGUACAAAUGUGGGGGUGGGGGUUUUUGUGUUUCUGGUCAUAUGUUUUCCAUUUCACCCCUCAAUACUCCCUCUGUCUGCCUGUUUUUCUUUCCCAUGUACAAAAUUAUAUAAUUUGAGUAGCCC